CUAGAAGUUACUAGUCGGUGGGGGGGAUAUUUUAGUUGGUCCCGGCGGUGAUAAGCAUCGUCGCCACCGGCCGCAACGUCGACCAUCAAAUUUCGGUCGAGAUCACGGGCGAAGUAGACGACGACACGACCACAAUUCAUCUUUGUGGCAAUGUGUGUUGAUCGAUGAUGCCCAGUCCAGGGAGUUAAACCUACCAUCCAUCGCAGACCUGAGAACCCUCUAGGUCCAUGGGUGACCAACGAGCCGCCAUGCCGUCAAGGCACCAGGCACCAAAAUGGCAUCAACCGGCCGCAGAAUCGCUCUCAAAUUUUUCAUCAGAAGCUACAUCUCUCAUAGCGAACUCUCGUCGAAACCUAAAUAUUGGCCGUCCAAAUUCUCUACUGACUCGUAUAUCACCACCGAGAUCCAGCCGGAGAGAACCCAACCAGCAAAAUAAAACAAGCCAUAGGCAGCGUCCAUACAGUUCCCCAGAAGACUCCUCUCGCCCCGCCACGAAACGUACCAAAUAUGACCACCUUUCUAACUUCCAAAACUCCCCCUACCUCACCCACCUCCCGCCUCCCCUCCUCCCCACCCCCGCCUUCCACAGCCUCCACAACCGCCAUCUCACAUCCCGCGGCCACCUCUUCGUAAUCCACCAACAUGACCACCCCAUCGCAGGCCUCCACUACGACCUCCGCCUCCAGUUCUCCGCCACGAGCAGCCUCAGCUGGGCCAUCCCGUUCGGGGUGCCGGGGGACCCUAAUAGCAAGCGUCAGUUGCGCCUCGCAACAGAGACUAGGGUGCAUACCGUUGGUAGCCAUUUGGUGGAGGGGGCCUCGAAAGGGGGAGGUUCGAUGUUAGUGUGGGAUGGAGGGGUUUAUGAGGUGCUGCCGCGGCGUAAGGGGGACGGGCCGGAGAGGGAUCCAGGGUCGGCGGAGGGGUCACAGUCAUCCGGUUUGGGGGACGUAGAAAAAGGAGAAAAGGGAGAAGAGGAGGGAGGUGAGAAGGAGGAGGUGUCGGAGAAUUCGAAGCUGGUGGAAGCGUUUGGGCGGAGGAAGAUCAGGAUUAGAUUGCAUGGGGCGAGGUUGCCGGAAGGGUACACGCUGGAUAUGUUCGUUGCGCCUGGUUCGCAGCAUCUACGUGAGCCAUGGGUGACAGUGAGGAGGAAGACGAGGCGGGUUGUGAAAGUUAUGGAGACGUCGUCAGAGGGGGAAGAGAGUGAUGCGGCUAUACCUGUGGCGGACGCGGUGGCCGCGGAAUGGGCACUGGGAUGGGAAAGAAAGGAGGCUGAAAAGAGGGAGGUGCGCCGCGUGAAUGCGUAUCCGGGAGCAGAGAACACGAUUGGGUCACUGUAUCAGCGGAAAUGGUUUCUGUGUCUUGAUAGAGAAGGGUCGGGGUUCUGCAAGGCGGAUAGGGAUGGGGUUUGGGAGAGGAGGAAGGGCGAGGGAGGUGCGCUGGAAGGGUUCGAGCCGUUUUACGUUAGGGGCGUGGAGGAAGAGAUGAGCGUGGUGACGGGGAUGAAAGCAGAGCAUGUGAUGAGAGAUGCGGGCGUCGUUGGGUUUGUGAGGAGGAAGGGGUGGAGGGGUAUUCUUGACUGAUGGGGCCUUUCUACGUCUCCGGAAGGAAGGAGCGUUGGAAAUGAGGUUUUUGGAGAUGCUUGAAAGGUGGGACAUAAUUCCACAUCUAACACUCCCUUCUCUCCAAUAAUUUGCUA